CUCAGCGCCACCCUCAGCGCCGCCGUUCGAAUCUGGCGGGCGGGCGAGGGCGGCCGUAACGCGUCGCUCAACAACAUCCCACCGACUGUGGCAUCACGUCCGGCCAAUUAUAAGCUAAGAUGUCAGUUUUCGUUGCUGGCGAGGACUCCGAAACAGUGCCACAGACUAGGUGUCGCAAGAAGUAUGAGACAAAAUAUAGUACUAAAUAUGAAGCUGAAUACAUAUGGGUCAGUCCAUCAUCAAAGGGUGACACAUAUGCCCUCUGUCGCUGGUGCCAGGUGGACAUAUGCAUUAAGUCUGUGGGAGCAAAAUGUUUACGAGACCAUGAGAUAACAGGACGGCAUAAGCAGAAAGCUAGUGAUCAACCCUUACCACCUCCAGCUUCCAGUACACAUUUGAAUAAUGCUGUAUACCCAGUCCUAGAAGUGGAAGGUGGUGUGGAGCAGCAGAGUGGAGAACCUCUCGGUUCCCCAAGGCCUGUGACUCCACAGACACCAAACACUCCCCUCAGCCCACAGGGAGAGGAACUUCCUCAUCACCAGCCUACACUGAUUGAUCUCGGAAAUCAACUUCCUGCUACAACAGCCUCAGUUACUACCGGAAUUCCACCUCCCCGUUCAACUACUGUACAGCCAAAAGUUGUUGAUGAAUCUCUAGUGAUAGAAUAUGAUGAGCCAGACACGUGCGAUACCAGUGAUUCAACGGGAGAAAAGGUUUCAAAUGGAACUACAAUUAAAAGAGAAACAGAUGAGAAAUUUCUAGCAAGCACAGAUGAUCUCACGUGUAAUAUGUGUGGUCGGGAAUACACACAGUGGACGCAGCUUAAGAAACACUUGUUGGAGCAUAUUCUUAUUGCACAGAACUCUGCAGAAAACAAGCACAAGGGUAGUGGGAAGAGUCGUGCCAGACCAGCCAGCGGGAGGAAUGCAAAAGCAAACAAAGGAGGAAGCCAGCAGGGAACAGGGAAUCAUAAGCAGGAAAGUGCAGCUGAAGAAACUACAGUCAAAAGACGUGGGCGACCUCCAGGCAGCAGGAACAAAGGCCGUGCCUCAGGAACAAACACAGGAGCAAGCCAACAGACUCAGAGGAGAGCUUCACGACAGCGCUCAAACCCUAAGAGCAAUGCAGCACAAGAAGCAGCUGUUGAUGACCCACUUUUUAUUGACUCUGAAGCCUGUGAUGCAGAGGGCAGUGGUACAAAUACAACACAGAAUGAGAAUGAUGGGGAAAAUUAUGAGGAAGAUGAUGAAGAUGGAAGCGAGGAGGAAUGUGGUGAGAAUGCAGGUGGUGAGGAAGAUGGAGAAGGAUCUGGGAAGCGGAGGCCUGGCCCACUGCAGUGCCGUGUGUGUCGUGUCAUAUUUUUUAACAGAGGUGAACUAAGGGAGCACCAGCGUUCAGAGCACAACAAUGGGAGGCCAUACCAGUGCACCCAAUGCCAAAAAUUCUUCACAACAAAAAACCACAUGGAAGUCCAUAUGCGACACAAACACACAACUGGUCCUAAUCCAUGCCAGUGUGUGAUGUGUGGGAAGGUCUUGUCUUCACGCACCAACUUACGGAUACACAUGAGAAUUCACAAAGGAGAGAGGCCAUUUGAGUGCCCUAUGUGUCACAAGGCUUUUAGUCGGAAAGCCAACAUGGAAAUGCACGUCGUCUACCAUACAGGAGAGAGAAGAUUUACAUGUGAGAUCUGUGGCCAGUCCUUCUUUGCAAUCAAUGCUCUCAAGAGACAUACAAAACUUCAUACAGGAGAGAGGGAUUAUGCCUGUGAUAUAUGUGGAGCUACAUAUGUAACAGGCACUGAUCUUCGGAGGCACAGACUGAAACAUGAUGAAGUGAAGCCAUACCCUUGUCAGCUGUGUGACAAACAGUUCACUCGUUCUCAUGAUCUCAAGGUUCAUUUACGAUACCAUAACAAGGAACUACGUUACACAUGUGAUGUUUGUAACAAGCAGUUUGUUGAAUCUGGAAACUACAAGCGUCAUAUGAGACGACACACGGGGGAGAGACCUUACAGUUGUGGCAUUUGCCUUCUUACUUUUUCACAGGUACAUCACUUGAAAACCCACAUGAGAACCAACCACAGUGAGGAGGCAGGUGCAGGAGAGGAGACAGGUCAAGGGGCAAAUGGAGGCCGUGGAAGACCACCACCUCACCGCAAUCCCCGUUUGCCAUCCAGGCGUACCCCCAAGCCCCCACAGAUGCAUCAAGCACCUGUAGGUCCCUCUCACACCCACCAGCACUCCCACAACCACCCUCACCUGGCACCACACUCCCAUGGAGUUACGCCAAGUGGGAGUGGUGUCGCUCUUCAUGCGGGUCAGACAGUUUCCCCUCCAGUUGCUCACUCAGGUACAGUCGCAAGCACUGUGGCACCCACACACACCACUCAGAUCCCAACCUCAGGAGGCGUCAAUCACCCAGCAGCCAUGACUGGUUUCCUUCACCAAUACAACUCCCAUCUUUACAACCACAGUGUUAUGCCUCACUACCCUCCCCUGUUUGAUAUGUGUCCUCAGCAAAACUGUGUUAAUCAUCUUCCAACUCACUGAUUACUGUGUUGCACGUGAGUGUCUUUAUUCAUUUUCAUACCAUUUUUUUCAAAACUUCGGAAAAAUUGUUGAGAUUUGCAGCAAGAUCUUUUCACGAUUUGUUUAAAUCUUUAGUAAUAAUAUAGUUCUCAUAAAGUGGCAUUAUUUUGUGUGUGUGUGUGUGUGUGUGUGUGUGUGUGUGUGUGUGUGUGUGUGUGUGUGUGUGUGUGUGUGUGUGUGUGUGUGUGUGUGUGUGUGUGUUUUUAUCUGUCUCAGAUAACGUAUCAUUCAAUUCCAAGACAUAUCAUAUACUAUGUUUGAAAAAUAAUUCAGGUAUACACUAUUUUAAAAAGAAAAGAAAUUGUAAUAUGUUGCUUAAGUGUACUUUUAUUUAUUCUUUGUUUCUAAGGAUUGGUUAACCAGAUUCCUCUGUUGAUAAUAUAAUGCUACUGUAGAGAUGUGGUCAGUUAGACAACAAUGAGAAUGGAUAGCUUUACAGUGCAGAAGUAACUGAUGUACUUCAGUUAAAUUUUCAUCUGAAUUACAUGUAAUUCAGAAGAUGAUUUACUCAAAAUGCAUCAAGUUACAUCUCGUGUGUUACAAAGUUAUUCAUUCUCAUUUAUACCUUGUUCCAUAUGCAUCACAGUGAACCCUAUUAAACCAUAGAUAGCUAUACUGAAAAUCAUGGUGCCAUCUUAUAUUUUGGACAUGAUCCUUGUGAAAUUUAACUUUGUUUUUUGAGUAGGAUAAAUCAUAAAUAAAACACAUAGAGGACAUUCUCCCCUCUGACAGAAAUUUGUGAAAAUAUGGAUGGUGACUAAGUGCCUUUUGAUUUUUUGUAACUAGAUAUGAUCGUUAUCAAGAAAAUAUGCAUUGUCAAGUAAUGUGUAUUUUAUCAUGUAGCAUGGCUGAAAACAUUUUGAUUUUAGAAAUCACCAAAAAAAUCUAUUUAAGUUUAGUUAUUAGCAAAGAAAUAUAUAUUUCUUUUUCUUAUAAAAUUGGAAAACAGAAAUGUCAGCCCAGUAUAAACAGUUUUUUUACUCUCUGCAAUCAGCUUGUGUAUAAGUACAGUCUGUGUUCAUAUUGUGUUCAUUCAUAUCAAGUAUGCAAGGAGGAGAAAUUAGUGCAUCAAGAUUGUAUAUGUGGUUCUUCCAGCCAAUGAAUGAGAGUUACAGAAACUACCCAGUGAGAUAUGUAUACGAACGUACUAACUUUGUCCAUAUUCUGUAACAUAAUAUAAAUGUUUGUUUGCUGUUAAUGAAAUUGAUAUUUGAUUAUUGCUACUCAUUGAAAGUUACAGCCUGCUAUCUAUACUUUUUUCUAAAUUUGCCAUUUAUUCAUGCAUAUGUGAUUUUUUUUAUCUCUCUCUUUCUAUAUUGUUUUCUUUCUCUAGAAUAUUUUGUUUGAUAUUUAAAAUGAUAUGGAGUGUAAUAUAUCAGUUUCAAGAGUAAAGAAAUGAGUUAUGCCUCUAGAUUUGGGUUAUUUUUAUAAAAUUAGAGUAACUGAAAUAAUGUGGCAAGAGAGAGGGAGCUAAGUACUUACCAGUGAUAAUGCUGUGCCAAAUUACAAUAUUUGUAUAUUAUGCAAAAAAGGAAAGAAAAAAGACAAAAAUUUCAUAGACCAUAUUUUUUGUGUGUUUUUAGUUAUGACUGAUAUCAUUUCUGAUCAUAAACUACAUAAAAAUAUA